GCGAGAUACCUCUCAUCAGCGGUACCAGCAUCAGCAGCAGCGACGUCGCGGGCUACGACCGGGCGCUCACCGGCCUCCUCAACGCCACGGUGCACUACGCGGUCGACAACUCCACGCAGCUGUUCGCCACGGGGCAAUGGGUAGGGCCCGACCCGGGGUUCAGCCACAUCUAUUCGGCGGCGCAGUGCGCGGGGGACCUGUCGCCGGCGCUGUGCCGGAGUUGCCUCCAGGGCCUCUUGCGCGGGUGGUUUACCAAGUUCCGCUUCCUGCCCAACGGGGAUGGCUCCAGGGUCGCUGGCUCCCGGUGCACCUUGAGGUCCGAGGUGGGGAAGACUUCUUCAACGGCGCCGCCAUGGUCCAGCUCCCGGCCAAGGCUGCCGCACCGCCACCAGCGGCGACGGCUGUGCCAGUACCAGGCACUACAGGAGAUAAGAAGACGAAAUCCACACCCAUCUUCCUCGUCGCAGUGAUAGUUCCCGUGGUACUGAUAUUCCUCCUAGUAGGGAUGUGCAUACUCUGGAAGUUAUGCUGGAAAGAGAAGUCAGGAGUCAAUCUGGAUUAUGCUAUGUUUGAAGAGGAAACACCCCUACAUAUUGACACCAGACGGUUCACGUACGCAGAGCUGAAGCUCAUAACAAACAACUUCGAGUCAAUCAUUGGAAAAGGAGGUUUCGGCAUUGUUUAUCAUGGUAUACUAGAGAAUGGUGAUGAAGUGGCUGUUAAAGUACUUAUGGAGACAUCAAUAGCCGAGUCAACAGACUUCCUCCCUGAGGUGCAAACCUUGUCCAAAGUUCAUCACAAGAAUCUCGUGACUUUGCAAGGGUAUUGCCAAAACAAGAAGUGCCUAGCACUCGUUUAUGACUUUAUGCCCAGGGGAAAUCUUCAACAACUUUUAAGAGGAGGAGAGGACUAUAUCCUAAAUUGGGAACAACGGCUUCAUAUUGCAUUUGAUGCUGCCCAAGGAUUGGAGUAUUUACAUGAGUUAUGCACCCCAUCAAUAGUGCAUAGAGAUGUGAAGACCCCCAACAUCCUACUAGACAAGAAUCUAGUGGGGAUAAUAUCUGAUUUUGGGCUUUCGCGGGCUUUUAACGAUGCUCACACACACAUAUCUACUGUUGCUGCUGGCACUCUUGGCUACCUUGACCCUGAGUACCAUGCAACUUUCCAACUUACUGUCAAGACAGAUGUUUACAGCUUUGGUAUUGUGCUGUUAGAGAUCAUCACUGCUCAACCCCCAGUGAUCAUGGACCCUCAACCCGUCCACCUACCAAAAUGGGUGCGCCAAAAGGUAGCAAAAGGCAGUAUUCAUGAUGUCGUGGACAAGAAGUUGUUAGAUCAAUACAACGUCAGUUCCCUGCAGAGUGUGAUAGACCUUGCCAUGGACUGUGUCGAAAAUGCAGCCAUUGAUAGGCCGGCCAUGACCGAGGUUGUUUCAAAGCUCAAAGUGGUGUUGCCAUUGGUUACAAGCGAAAAGCGGUCUGUUUAUGGAACCACUCAAUAUAAAAACUCCAUGGAUAGUGAAAUUUCACAACAGUGCCAGUUGACGAUUUCUGGAGCAAGCACGGAAGGGAGCUCCUUCCAGUCUGGUUAUAGCGGUGGGAUGUCAGAAAUAAGCAUGUCUUCUGGAAGGUGAAAGGAAAAUUCCCACUGAGUUAUUGUUACAUCUACUUAUAUAACUUUGGCAGUUUGCACAAUUGUGUUAUCAUUGAUCGUUUAUAAAUUGCAAACUAGUCAUUUUAUCUUGAUCGUUC